GGGGGGGGGAGAGGAGAAAAAAGAGUGACCGGCCGGGCUGUAGGCGGGCAGAGUGGGAUGGGGAGGGUUCAGGAUGAAGCCAGUGGUGGUAGGCAGGGAAGAGGUAUCAAUCGGGAGGAUAGAGAAGAGGCCGGAGAACAAAUCAGAUCCGAUGUGAAGACCGACAAAAUCCGAAUCAGGGAAACGAUAGUGUAGGAGAAAGGUUGAACAUGGCACCACUAGUUGAUGACAAUCACCACCACUUGUCUCGGGGGAUUUGUUGAAUUUUUUUUUCUUUCUAUCUCUGGUGUAAAAGAGAUUUUUCUGUCUGUCUGUCUUUCUUUUGCCUUUUUUUUUGUCUUGGAUGAGGUUGAUUCCCCUUCUCGGGGAAGAAAGAAAGUCCUGAUUGGGCUGAAGUAUUCCAACGGCGAUGCCUCAGAUCCAAGGCACGGCAGGGCUGUUCGAAGCGGAGAAGAUCCAACGGCGGGCGGAGAGAGGUCAAAGUCACCACUCAGCACUCACCAGGGGCAAGGACCGGGCGCGAUGAAAGGCAGGGGAAUUCACCAAAAAGAAAGAAAAAGGGAAGUCCGGGGUAAGGAUGGACGGCCAAGAUGGUGAAGGAGAGAAAUAAUGGAUGCGCCAGUGGGAGGAGAAUAAAAAAAAAAAUUCGGCAGGGAAAACGAUUGAAGCGGAAAAGUAUGGAAUUGAAGCUCGUCCAUACGAAGUCACUAACGUAGCAGACAAAGAG